CGCGGUUAUGAAGCUGAUCACCACAAAACCGACUGCUCGAUGAUCAAAAUGGAUUUGCAAUAUUUAUUACACAAAAUGACGUUUUUGUUUGGAUAUAGGCGAAGUACUUACUGUUGGAAAGGUUGAAAGCAUCGUGGAAAUGAGAAGGAUGGGAGCGUGGAAACAGACAGCGCUUUGGCUGUUGUUUUUUUCUGUAUUAUGGAGUACAACUGGAGCUCAGAUUCGCUAUACUAUACCAGAGGAACUGAAGGAAGGAUCUGUUGUUGGAAACAUUGCAAAGGACAUUGGGCUGGAUAUUAUACACCUCGCUAAUCGUAAGUUACGGAUAGCCUCUGACUCUGGUACGCAGUUUUUCAGUGUGGAUACAAGGAGCGGUGAACUGAUAGUGAAUGGCAGAAUAGACAGAGAGGCGCUCUGCGGACAAAGCGACAGUUGUUUGAUGCCACUACAGUUAAUCAUAGAGGAUCCAUUGCAGUUAUAUCGUGUUAAUAUAGAAAUACAAGAUAUAAACGACAAUGCACCGAAUUUUCAUACAAAAGAUAAUAUUUUGAAAAUAGCCGAAUCUGUAGCCGUGGGCGCAAAAUUUCCACUUGAAAGCGCCGAGGAUUUAGAUGUCGGUAGCAAUAGUUUAAAAUCCUAUGCUUUAAGUAAUAAUGGAUUUUUUCGAUUAAAUGUGAAAACACUUGAAGAUGGUAAAAAGGUGCCAGAACUAAUAAUUGAUAAACCACUUGAUCGAGAGAAACAGUCAGUUCAUAAGCUCAUUUUGACAGCAUUAGACGGUGGCGAUCCCGUGAAAUCUGGAACUAUUAUGAUACAAGUAAUUGUACAAGAUACCAAUGACAAUGAACCGAAGUUUGAACAAUCGCAGUAUAAAGCAUCUGUGCUGGAAAGUACAAAACCAGGUUCAAGCGUUUUAACUGUAAAAGCCACGGAUUUAGAUGAAGGUCUCAACGGCGAAAUACAGUAUUUCUUCGGGGCACAUACACCAGAUGCUGUGAAGAAAUGUUUUAAUAUCAACACUGAUACCGGUGACAUCACAGUGAUUGGAAGACUAGAUUACGAGGUAACAAAAUUAUACACAUUUGAUGUGUGCGCUAAAGACAAAGGGAGCCCAGAACAGGAGGGCCAUUCAUCAGUGAGGAUUCACAUCAUUGAUGAGAACGACAAUAUUCCCGAAAUCAUUUUGACAUCGUUACCCAGUCCAGUGUCAGAGAAUGCAUCGGUCGGUACAGUUGUAGCUUUAAUAAACGUAAAAGACUUGGAUUCAGGUGAUAACGGCAAAGUAAAUCUUACCAUCUCCAAUCGUUUUCCAUUUAAACUAAAACCAGCUUUUGACAAUCAUUAUUCAUUGGUAACUGACUCCACUUUUGGACCGUGAAGCUAAGGCAGAAUAUGAAAUAGAAUUAGUAGCUACAGACUCUGG